AUGGGUUCUUCGAGCACCCACUCCUCCAACCACACAAGGUACUCUUCUCCUCGUGACAACAUCUCUCCCUACGGAACGCCGUACGCGGACCGCAGAUCCAACUCUUACCACAGUGACUCGAGAGGCAGCAUGAUGAGUGACCGCGAGUCGACUGAAGAGUCGAACCCCCAGCGGAAGAGAAUCGCUGUUGCGUGCAUGCGAUGCCGCAAAAGAAAGAUUCGAUGUACGGGAGACAGCGGAAAUGGCCAGCCGUGCCUCAACUGCAAGAAUGCUGGCUUCGAGCCCUGCCAGUUCCUCCGGGUAUCCUCUCACGAGACCCAUCUCAAGAACGAGCAGUUCACCUACAGCCUCGAAGUUGCUCGCAACUUCCAAGCCCGAGGAUCUUCAGUUGUGCCCCCCAUCCCAACAACUCCCCUGCCAUCUCCCUAUCCAGAACCCAUGAGCAUGCCCAGCGGCGAGGCCCUGCCGUAUAGGAACGGCCCUGCCUCUACCUACGCCUACGGCAACAAGUACUAUCCCCUGUCGGGAUGGUCCAACGGAUACGCCGACGACAACAGCAUCGACUAUUCGGUGUAUCAGCAGUCGUACCCGCCGCAGCACGAUGCCGCCUACAUGGUGGGCUAUCGAAUGGGCUCUAACCCUCCCUCAAACAAACCCUCUGGAGGCAGCACGCCCUUGUACAUCGAGCCAGAGACUGCCUAUGGCUAUCCUGCUGGCCCUUCAGCCGCCGCAGCGACGACGAUGGUCCAUCGGCCUGCUCCCAUAGCCGAGCCCAGCACCGGCUUUCCCUACCAUGGCAUCGCCUCCCUCCCCAGCGAGAGGCUGCUGCCCACGCCCUCUUCGCGGCCCAUGACGAGCGCUCCCCAGCAGCAUCCCUACCGAGCAGAGUCCAUCUCUUCGGCCUACAGCAAGACGUCCCAGUCUUCCACCGGCAGCUCCUCUCCCGCCGCUCUCUCCGAGGCAGCCACCACAUACGCCAGCUUCGAGAACUCGCCGCUGUCCUCGUAUCCCACUCCCACCACGACAAACUCGCACCUCCGCAGCGAGUACACGACGAGUGCAAACCCGUCUCUUGACGCCAUCAUGGCGCCGUCCGAAGAACCCCUGCGCAUGACGGCCCCCGAGAUGACGUACAAGUACACCGACACGACGAGACGCUAUGCCAGCACGUACACCGGCAAUCUCGGCGGCUACAGCAUGGCGAGCAGCCACGGCCACUCGGGCUAUUCAAUGGGCGGCGAUGAAAACGACCGCAAGGCUGGCAUGCGGACGUAG